AUGCUAGUCACUGCUUUUGAAGCAAACAGUGAUGUACCAAACUUAGAAACAGUAAUCGAGAAACUCCAACAUGAAGAGAGGAAACAGACCAAACGGAAGGCUGUGAAUGAAACUGAGGAAGGCCUGACAGCAAAGCAUAAAGCUAGGAGAGGUCCUAAAUGUCAUUACUGCAAAAGGUUUGGACAUAUCCAACGUUUCUGUAAGGAAAGAGAGAAGGCUCAAAGUGGGACCAGAAGUAGUACUGGUGUCAAAAAAUCUCACAGUACUUGUGCAACAUUUCAUAAAGCUAAUAGUGCUACAACCAAGAAGCCUGCUGGUGAUACUGACAGUGAUGAAGCAGGAUUGGUAGUGGAACAUGCCUUACCGGCGCAGCAAACUCUCAAGUCUCAGGAUAAGUGGAUUGUUGACUCUGGAGCAACAAGUCAUACGUGUAAUGACAAAGCGUGUUUCACUCACCUAUAUCCACUGGAGAUCCCUCUGGAGGUCAAGCUUGGUGAUGGACGAUCUUUAAGAGCUGUUGCUCAAGGCUCUGUUCAAUUGACAAUGAAAAAUGGACAUGAGAAGUACCAUAAGUGUAAAUUGUAUGGUGUCCUGUAUGUUCCUGAUUUGUCAU